AUGUCUAAGGGAAUCAAGCGGAUUUACUUAAAUGAUGAGGCUCGGCUAUGGCACCAGAUCUUGAGCAACUAUGUUAUGCCGAGUACCCAUGAGACCCUGGGCCGUCGAGCUGACGUGCCUUGGGAGGAUGCCGAUGAGAAGCCACCGGCUGCAGACUGCAAGAAGAUUAUUCCUCACAGUAGGAACUUUCUAGCUUUAGGCUACAGACCCCCACCCUUCACUGCUACUGAUGAGACAGCCACACCUUCUGCUGGUCCUUCUUCCUCCACAGCUACCCCUGCUACCACUACUACACCUCCCCCUGCCUCAGAGCCAGUUUAUCACCUAGUGCACCGCUUGUUUCAGCAGCUAGACAGGAUGGAGCGCCGCAACUGGCACCGGUAUGAGAGAUCUGAGCGUCGCAGCCGGCGACGCUAUGAGCACCUGAAGCUGUUGAUACGAUCUGGCGGCGACAUCCCCUCCGAGCCUGACACACCAUCAGAGCCAUCUGAGGAGGAGGCGGAUGAGCACGAGGAGGAGACCCAUCCACAGAGAGAGACUAUGCAGGCAGGCACAGAGCAGGCUGCACCACAGCAGGAGAUCCUACAUCAGAUCCAGGCUGCGGAUCCCGAGAUUCCUAUCCAGUCAGCACCCCCUCUGCAGCAGCCAGAUCAUCAGACCACCCCCACAGAGACUCCAACUACCCAUCCUUCUAGAGAUGACACUCCUUCACACCCAGCUUGA